AAUAAAUGCCUGUCAUAGUAACAGUGCUGUAGGAUGAGAUUACAGGAGGAUAAAUAUUUAGGAGCUGAAAGUAACAUAGACCAUAGAAAAAUGGUGCCCAGAAACAUGAGUCAGGAUCACUUUCUGUCCUGUGUGACACCACUGUUCAGGUCCAAUAACCAGGGCCAGCUCAGGUAGCACACACAGGUCAACCAGAUGUCCAGAGAGCCACCUGACAGCUUGCUGCCUUCUCACAGGUGUCUGGAUGUUUGUCCUGCUGCACUUCCAGGCCAAAAAUGCCUCCUGAUGAGUUUUGUGUAAGAAAACUAUCGACUCCUCAAACCAUUUUCUCUCCAUCACUUUUCUUCCUAGUGUUUUCUGCUAUGGUCUGGAGUCUUGUUUAUUGCUUUGUGGAUCCUGUCUUAAUGGAUCAGCCAAGCACACACAGAUCUGGGCAAGAGACAAGAUUUUGAUCUGCUUACACAUUAUCAACAGCAGCAGCCCAAAGGCAGAAUUUCCUGUCCUGUGCUCCAGAAAAAUAACUGUUUGACUGCCUCUUUCCAGAUGGAUUUUACAGGGCUGGCAGUGAGCAGAAAGAAAGAGUCACACACACCUGUUCAUGCACAAACACUGCCUGGGGGAGGGGACAGCAGGGAGGAAGCAGGAGCAGCGGAGGAUGGAGUGUUCAGAACGCAGGUGUCUGUGACAUCAGUGGCAGAGCAGCAGAGGUGACAGCUCCAGCAGUGCAGGUGGGUCCCAACUGUCACAGGCACUGCUCCCAGUGUCAUGACGGCCUUGUGGGCUUAUCUGGCUUUGUCUGUGCUCUUGGGCUGGGGCUGCAUAGCCGGCCCUCGGGGCACAAAGGCACAGCAGCCAGGAACACCACUCUCUGACCAGGAAUACCACCAGUUCUUCAAGUUCCUGCGGAUCACCAUCCAAGCCACCACUGCCUGCCACCUUCGCGAGCUGUACGGCUGCAAGAACUCGCUCGUCCGGAGACUGGAUGAGUAUGAAAACCACGGAGUCGUCCCUUCAGGGCCUGUAUGCUCCGAACUGCCAGGAAAUCCUUUCUUCCACAACUUCUGCACCUUUUCUCUUUAUCGCUGUAUUAUGAAAAAGUAUUUCCUUAAGAGGACCGUGUGCCCAGAACACAGCAGAGUGAAGCAGCGCAUCGCAGCAGGCGCUGACACCAUCAUAACCAGUGAUGCCAUGUCAUCUAGCAGCUUUAGUCCCCUGCCAGUUCCCCCCAUGUCUCCCACAUCUCACUCCAUACCUGACACAGAGGCAGAUGUGAUCCCCGCCUCCUUACCUGUGAGCACACUGCCAAAUCCUUCCGGCCCAGAAGCCACAGAGGUGACAGCCAGUGGCCAGCAGCAAGAGCACCUACCCAACAGUGACAUCGAGGAUCUCCUCCUGAGGAUACUGGACAGCCAGGUGCAGACUUCACUGCAGACAAUGAAGCUGUUGAUGUCUGUUGGGAAGGCAGUGAAGGAGGAAGAGUUGCGGAAGGCUGCCACGAGCCUGCUGGUGGCCCUGAACAAUGCAAAUGUGUCUUGGUCACCAACCAACUGAUACAGCUCAACAGUGUGGUAAACACAGGGGAAAAGCCAUCUCUUCCAAAUGCAUGGCGAAACUGAGCCAUGGGAAAUGCUAUUGCCCAGGAUUCAAAGAGAAAGAUGGUGUCCUCUUGGAAGCAAAUGUAUUGAGAAGAUACCAUUCUCUCCUGUAAAAACUUUGCUCACCAUUAAUGGUGUUUGUUGUGUCAUUCAAGGGAUGUCAUGGGAGAAUGAUGGCUUUUCUUCAUUAAAUGUAGGUGCUGCUGCUCAAAAGCA